UAGCGGUGUUGCAAACAGAAGUUGAACUCGUACCUAGCAACGCAGGUGGAACAAUGGGGACAAUGGAAACUGGAGAGUCUGUUCGCAAGCGAGACCGUGGAGGAGAUGGGGGUGGUGAGGAGGAACGCAGUCGUCUACGGCCAAGCACAGACAAAGAUGAGAGGGGGGUGCAUUGGGCAAGAUUUCGGAGCAAAGGAUAUGAGCGUCGGAGAGAUUGUGAUGUUCUUUGCAUUGGAGCUGCAAGACAGGAUGCUGUAGCAGUAAAAACUAAAGUAGGGGGAAUUAUAGUUAGGGAAAUUGUUGUACUGAAAACUGCAGCAGUGAAAACCGCAACAGUAGAAACUGCAGCAGUGGAAACUGUAGCAGUGGAAACUGGAGCAGUGGAAACUGGAGCAAUGGAGACUGCAGCAGUGGAAACCGCAACAGUGGAAACCGCAACAGUGGACACUGCAGCAAUGGAAACUGGAGCAGUGGAAACUGCAGUAGUGGACACUGUAGCAGUGGAAACCACAACAGUGGACACUGCAGCAGUGAAAACUGCAGGAGUGGAGACACCAACAGUGGAAACUGCAGGAGUGGAGACUGCAGCAGUGGAAACUGCGGUAGCAGCAGAUGAGUAAGCAGGGGCAGUACGAGAGCGUCGUGGGGGUGAAGAAGAAAUUGGAUGAUACAAGGACCAUCGCAACAUGCGUCGGAACCACAGAGAGAGACGCGUCACAUGUGUAGGAUAGUGACGUUGGCGGGAGCGCAUGUAGCAUGUCCACCCCUUAGCAAGGGUUGGUUGGGAAUGCCCACACGAAAGCAUACGACGAGUAAGUAUUGUUGCCGCAGUUCGAAAGUCUUGCCAAUUGUUACAUAUUUGUUCAAAUCUGGUCAAUUGCCCAGUGAACACAUCGUCCGGUUGAUGGGAAGGAAUGUUGGAGGUCGCACCUGGAUAAUGAAUGACAGGGAAAUCC